AUGGUGUCUUCGUCGCCAGUGUCGAUUUCGCAGAAGUGGCGGUACUGUGUUUUUCUUCUGUGUUCGCUGCCGCUUCUCGCGGCAAUUCGCUCUCUAGCGCGGGAGUGGUGCAAGGCCGUACCCGAACAAGGUAAACCGGAGUAUGGUGUGUGUGUUCCUCCGGAAUUUGCGACUGCGCGUUACACCAUCGAAGUCGUCCCCGUGGUGGCUCCCAGUGUCAACCUUCGCAGUCAGAGUCACUUUCCAGUGCAGUCUUAUUUGCUCGCUGGGAACAAAAGGUACGAGGUCUCCGUCCAGACAGGAGCUGAUCCUCAUGUUGGCGAUCUUGAAGCCAUAGUGUUAGCGAACGCGGCGCAGGACGAUCCCUGGUACUGCGACUACUUGAAUGUCCGCACUGAAGACGGAAGCAUGUUCGCCUUCAAAGUCAAACGAUGGGUCGGGAAGCCCUACGAGCAAUUUGUCCACGUCCCCCUAAAGCCCUCGGACGUUGAUAUGCCUUCGCAAGAUAUCGACUGCUAUACGAGAGCUGCGGACAUUUUCAAUACCCGGAAAGGACGACGGAUUGACGUCGUGCCGUACAGAAUACGGGAAGCUGUCGUCUACUGGAAGACUGGAAGUUCGAAGAAAUGGAACGUGGGGCACUGUCUGUGCAACGGUCAAGAGGCCUCCAUCGAAGAAUGUACUUUCGAAGAGCCCACGGCGCAGUGCGAUGACCAUACUAACGACAUCGUCCUCAAGUGCACGAACACCCCCUCUGGUGUUGAGCCUCCUGUCGGCACGUUGCGGAUUGUUGACACGACGGGAGCACCGUCGUUGACAGGCAUCGGGAGACUUGAAUUCUAUACCAACGGAGACGAGUCUGAGCUUCGCCUGUGUCCCCAUGUUGUGAGUGAUGACAUUUAUUGUGUCCACGAAGAGGACAUCGUUGUUGGGUGUGAAGGCAAGGGGGAUCCCUCUGGAAUUGGAUUGUUCACGAUCGAGGAAAAACCGGACCUUGGAGUUCUUCCGAUAAAGAGUGUCGCCCUCACAUGCAGUGACAGACCCAUCAGCAGGAGAGAUAUGGCAGGCGGUCCAGGAACGAUGUUUAUUGCCUCUUGUCCAGAGGGUUGCUGGGGUUCCCUGGUGAAAAGUCUUUGUUAUUCUUGCCAAGAAAGAGGAUGGGCAAUCAAUUCCUAUCUAGGGUUUGAGGGCCGCCCCGGAUCGUUUGUUGAUGCCUCCUAUCUUCCGGGUGUUAAUCUCGUGUCUGGAUUCCGCGAUUUCACGCUUGCCGUGAAAGCUACAGUGACCGGGAAGAAGGGCAAAUGGCGAGCGAUCGUCGCAAACGGUGACUGCGAGGGUUUCAUUUUGGCUAUUGAUAAUAACGACGAACUGGUGUUUGAACAAUCUUGUCAUCCUCAUCUCAUUCGAUCUGGCUUCAAGCCGGCACUUGGCGAGCCAUUCAACGUCGCCGUGACCUACUUUGCGCCCGAAAAGGCUGUUGGCAUUUUCGUGAACGGCAGAAAGCUGACAUACCAAAAGACGGACUACAGCUUCAGCUUAAAGCCCAAGCUCAUGAUUGGACGGGCCAGUGCCACUGAAUCAGACUACUUCAUGGGCGAAAUCACCUGCGUUCACCUGUUCGACUACGUUCUUUCGCCAGCGCAGAUUGCGCAACUUCGGAAGGAAAUAGGACCUGUCCCAGAGCCAGGAAGAGUGCCCAGAGGGCUACGCCGGACGGAAGACGGCCGCGUCUGCAUUUCUCCGUGCUCUCCCCAAGAACCUUCAGUGAAUGGAGGCGGACGCCCACCAACUAAUGCUCCCAUUCAGCUUAAAUGUGAAGACACGCUGCUGAGGCCGGAAUUCAGUGGGGCUACUGGUCACAAGCUGCUGGUUUCUUGUCCUGCUGACUGCGCACAUUCGCCGGGGCCCCUACAUGGCUGCCAAAUCUAUUCAGCUGACAGCUCCAUAUGCAAAGCGGCACUACACAUGGGCGCGAUCCAGAGACAUGGUGGGGAAGCUGUGGUGACGUUGCACGAUGGCAUGAGUUCGUACACUGCUUCGCGGGGCCAUUACGGUGUUUUGAGCAUUGCGACGAGUAGUCCUCAAGUCCUUUCCUUUUCUGUCACAUCAGCUCCCCAAUACAGGGCACUCACGUGUGCUGAUAACGGCUCCUUCGUUCUGAAAUUGGGAGUUGGAGAGAGGGAGCUGGUCAUCUGUCCUCCACACUGCUCUGCUGCGUCUAAUAGAGCGGUUUAUGGUGCCGGAUUGUAUAGUCCCAUAUCUGCCGUUUGCCGGGCGGCGAUUCACGCAGGCGCACUGACUGAUGAAGGCGGAGAAGUUGUUAUCGAAGCUGGCCCGCCGCAUGAAGCGUUUGUCGGGAGCGAAAGCUUUGGUAUUACUUCUCAGAAGAGCGGAAGUUAUCUGAGAUCAUUUGCUUUUGUGGUGAGCCCGAGCCAGCAAGAGUUGUAA